AUGAACGAUUCCUGCCCCAGACGGGCCUUCCGUCCAAAUUCAAAUCCUCGUGAAAGCACUGCUUUACACUUCGCCUAUAUUUUAGGUUUUUGUAUUUUUUAUGUUCCAGUUGAACUAGUCAUUUUCUCUGUCCGUCGGUUAUACGGUGUAAGGAGCAACCGAAUUCCACUUUUGACGGAUCUAGCCAGGACUCUGAACAGAAAGGCGAGCACCACAAUCCCAGGAUCAACUCUUCAUUUCUUAAGCCUAGACAUAGCCGGCAAAAAGGUUCUUUCUUCUCGCCGGUAUUCCCGCUACCGCAGAAACAUCUACCACGGACUCAAUCAUCCAGCCGUAUCCGGAUACUGGGUUUCUUGCGGCUCUAUUGCGGAAAAAUGCCAACCCAGAGAUUGUGAUUUUGUGGUACUUAUAAUCCACGGCGGCGGGUACGUUCGGGGACAUCCAGCUAUUUUGCUACCAGGGUAUCUUCGCAUGGGAGAAAUUUUCUCCAACAGUGGUCUAAAAGUGGGCUUGUUUGCUCUUGAGUAUACUCUCGCCCCGGCGGGUGCCUUCCAUACCCAAAUUGGACAGGCGAGAGCGGCCUACGACUAUCUGAUUACCGAUUGCAGUGUCCACCCUGACAAAAUCGUAGUCAUGGGCGAAUCAGCUGGUGGCCACUUGGCGAUAUCGUUGAUGAUAUCCCUGGUAUUAGCGAGGCAAAGAUCCUACGAGGUCCCUGAAAAUUGUAAGCCUCCUGCGUGUCUGGUCUUAGUUAGUCCAUGGGUAAACAUGAUGCAAAAGGAGCAGCCGAACCUGGAAGAUGACACAGAUAUGCUUAGUCAAUGCUGUUUAAAUCAAUGGUCCCAGCUCGUAUUUCCCGGUGACUAUGCCGGUGGACCUCGAACAGAAACUGCCCGUACCUAUCGAAAUUUUGCUGCCGGCCCGCCUAACCACCUCGGUGUAUCAUGGAAGCAGAUUCUUCCGAAAGCCUGCUGGGUUUCCGCCGGCGGUGACGAAUUAUUCCUUCCCGACAUACAAAAGUUCGUUAACUAUGCGGAAGGAGCUGGCGCGAUGAUAGAUUUAGAAGUAGCUCCAGGUAAACCACACGCAUGGCCAGCAAUAGAAGGCUUUAUUAGGCAGUCAUCAUUUUUAGCGUUGUCUAUGGAUGAAGGCAGCGAAAAAGUUGCAUCGAGACUACUGUCUGGAUUCGAUCUGAUAGCGGCGAGGAUUAUUGAGCGUAUGCAAGCAUAA